AUGUAUGACUUGGCCAUGGAGUCCCCAAAUAGUACACCAAGCUAUGAUAGUGACACAGCAAGCGAAGAACGACCAUCAUCUCAACCCGUCAACAUCAAAAUCCAGGCCAAAUUUCGAAUAGCCCUACCGCCCCCUAAAUCAAAUCAACGACUUCGACUCAGCCCCAAACUACUCCUUCAAAUCCAACAACUUUGUCCAAAUCACAGACCAGUGCCUGUACUAGAGAUAUGGCAGCCACCACUGUACAAAUCAAAAUUGACAAAGGGUUUUCCUCAACGCCCAAAACUCAGCACAAAGGAUAUCUACGCAACACUCAAUGAGCCAUAUAUCACCAAUAAGCAGCUAGAUGGACAAGAACAACCCCAAGCACAAGAUAUACAAUCAAGCAUUGUCCACGAAAAGAAUAUCAUCGCUGCAAUUUGCCAACCAUCAAGCAACAACAACAGCAGCAGCCCCACAUCCUCAAUCCACUUCCGCGACGCAAGAUGCAUCUGGCAAGCCAGUGUCGGCACAACAGGACCUGAGAAAAGCUUUUGCUACAAGUUUGCCAUUAAAGAAGAAAACACAACCAGCACCGAGCAGCCCCGGAUGAUUAUGCAGUGGGAGAAACGGGCACACUCUGCAAAUGGAGAUGCGGCAUCUGACGAUCAAUUCGUUCUUGUGGCGAUUGACCGCAAAGCUCGCCGGAAGAGUCGCAUUGCUACGAUGUCUCGGGACGGACUCGAGAUUAACGUGAGGAAGAGCUCGGUCUUGGAUCAUCUUCGAGCUUGUUGGGAGUUGGCGGAGCCUGUUUCUCCGGCCUCGGCGGACUUAGAGACCUGGUUGUACACCCUUGCGUUGACUUUGGGUAUCUCGGUGGCUUCUCAGGAAGGGUGGUUGGUUUGA